CAAGGUCACAAGAUGGCAGACGUAGAAAUGUCCUCUGCCCCAAAACCAAGGUCCAAUCUUCGAGUCGGCGCCAACAAAGGUCGACCCACUACCGUCAUUCCCAAAGCCGAGAAACCUUCCCAUAAGAAAGGUGUCAAAUCCCAAAACAACGUCUUCGUCAGAUCUAUCAUCCGUGAAGUCGCCGGGUUCGCCCCAUACGAGAGACGUGUUAUGGAAUUGCUUCGUAACUCCAAAGACAAAAAGGCGAAGAAGCUCAUGAAGAAGAGGCUCGGAACCCUCCUCCGUUCCAAGCGUAAGAUCGAAGAACUUUCUGGAGUAAUCCAGGAGCAACGUCGUCAAACCGGUCAUUAGAUCUGUAGUGUAUUCAUGCAUUGAGAUUUCC